UACAUAUUUUAAUUAUUAAUUUGCUAAAGAAUACACAACACUUAUAAUUUUAAUGCUUUGACAACUUCUUUACACGUGCAUUUGUCUUAUGUUUGUCGUUGCGCUUUACUGAAUAUUCUUUGAAGUGAGCUUACAGUUAUUAUCACUUGCUUGUCGCUCACUGCGCUCUGAGCGGCUCUCGCAAAAUACAAAAGCUCUGCUCUCGCAUGAAAGCGCAAUGAGCAAAUCGCGCAGUGUGCAUUAAACAGAAUUGAUAAUUACCGUGGUUACAAUUUAUAAAACAAACGCUGAAAUAUGUUUGUUUUGUAACUAUGGAUAUUGAAGUAAAUAAUUGCUAGUUUGUAUAGUUAAUAUUUGUUUUCAGAAAAUGGAUCCAGCUAAAAUGAUUGGCAAAGUGUAUGUACUAAAAUUAUUGUUAAAUUACAAAAUUUAUAUGCAGUUUUUAUAGCAAGGAGACUGUGCGCAUGGAGCACAAGUCUCGCAGCAAUUAUGCGCAUGUUUGGAGCAAAGUUGCAGAGCUGGAGACUAACCGAUUCUAUCAUCAAGAUGAGCUUGAUAAACAAUUGCAAGCCAAACUUAGUUUACAAGAUCUUUGUGCAUAUAAGCACGAUGGCAAAGGUGAAGCUCACUUUAUAUCAGCUGAGAUGCACAAGAAUCUGGUAGAGACAUGUCGCUGUGGUCGUCCCAGACGUGGCUUACACAUGGGUAAAUGCUUGCAACGACAGGCUGAAGAAACAGCUGCAAAUGCUGAGGAAAUUCCCUUUACAGUGCCAGCUACAUCCAAUUCUCUCAUAGGUCAUCGCACAGCGAGCUAUCGCAAGCUGGAACAAUCCAUGCAGUAUGUAUCUCCGACUGCCUCCAUGCCUGGUCCACGCGUUACUGGCGAGCCCUACAAUGUUAUUAUAAUAGGUUAAUUUAAUGUCAAUAUUGAUGAGUCAUAAACGAUAUGUUAAAUUUCCCUAUAUCCAACUGAACUGGCAACUUCCGUGGUCAGCCCCAGUUGAGCGUAAGCUAUUUAAUAAACAGCGCAACGAACUGGAUUUACCAGAAGCAC